GCGGAACAAAAAUAAAACUUUCGAUUGAAAAACACAGUUUGUUUUUUUAAUUUUAUGGGGGGUUUAUUAAUUAUGAAAAUAUUACAUAGAGUUGAAUUAUAUAAUUCUGUAGUAUUCACGAAGUAUCAGAUAUAAUGAAUAGUAAAUUAUCGAACAAGCCAUCAAAGAAAGACAGACCUAAAUCGACCGAUAAAGUUGUCAGAUCCAAGAAAAAAGGAGAUCAAACUCCGGACAAGAUAACAACGCCAGUCCCGUUGUCGAUGGUCGAGGAUCUCAAUUGUAAUGAGGCAUUAAACAAUGUUUUGUCCGGAGAAGAUAUAGAGUCACUGGCUGUUAACAUGACAGAACUACUUAAGCAUCGCCCAUCAAAACCCUCCAAAGUUGAACGAUCGACAAGACAAGUGAGAGUUAAAAAAACAAUAAAAUUAAAGAAUGAUGAGCAUACCGACAAGAAGACCUGGAGAAUAGUGAAUGUCGGUUAUCGUAAAAACUUAGAUGAUCCUGAGUUCCACAGCUAUGAAAAGAUAGGCAACAAAGAUCCAUAUCUUGACAAUGAAGAACCUUUCUAUGAACAUCAUAUUCUUGGAAGUUUGCUAGAUUUCAAGGAACAGAGUACAAAGCACCAUAAUGCUAAGAGACUCCCAACUCCUCAUCACGUAAAGACAUUCAGUUCUAUGCCAGAAUCUAACGGCAAAACAACAAAAACUGGAAAGCCUCAUUUUCACAGAUUUAACAUGAAUCAGUCUAAUGCCUUGGUAAACUGGGAAAAACAGAUAGCAGAAAGACGCAAACAGCAAGCAAGUCUUGCAAAAUUGUUGAAAACGACACCAGAAAUGUUGGGAAUGAAUCAAAACGAGGGAUAUCGUAGAACACAGGAGGAGCGAUAUCUCAUUGAAAGGACCAUUCCCUCGAAGGAUUAUGGGAAGGGCUAUCGUACUGGUAGUGAAUUUUGGCGUCAAUCUGAACAAAUUGGUGAUGAUAAAACAGGCAUUCAUAUGACAUUGACACAAACAGAACGUGGCUAUCCAAGUGUUGUUGAACACGUUGGGAAACCUCUUUCUGUCCGAGCUGAAAUGGGCAUGAAUUGGCCAAAUACAGAAUCUUAUCGAAGUAUGAUGGUUCACAGUCCUUGGAAAAAAUCCAGUUAUCUUUGUCAGAGAAAGAAUGAAUUGAAGGAUGCCAUUGACGAAAUUUGUCCUCAUAAACCCUACUUACAAGAACUGGAAGUUGUUGGUCAAUCUUUGGAUAACGAAGUAAAAGUAAAUUCAAAUGUUGUUGAGGAUCCUUAUUCAAGAAUGGAAACAUUCUCUGCAAAACAAGAGGAAACGAAAAAUGAUAUAAAUACAGAUCCACUGUCAAUGCACCCAGAUGUAUAUCCACAACCUGUAUUUGGUCCAUCUUUAAUGAUUGCUGGCCGUUCUGCAAAAUGGAACGGUUCUACAAACAACAGACUUGGCGAGAUUGGAGUUUCUUGUCGAGUACUACUUGAGGCUCAAGUUAACGAACGAGUAAUAUCAACAUUAGACUUGCACAAUAAUGGUACAGCAGUUGUUUAUUAUUCCUGGAAGCAUGUCCCUAUGAAUAACAACUUGGGAACUAAUUUGGCUGGAAAACAACAGAGAUUUUAUUUUGACAAGAACAGUGGAGUGAUUCUUCCUGGUGAUAAGUUGAGUUAUCCUUUCAUCUUUAAAUCAACCAAUCCAGGAAUGUUUUCACAGCAAUGGUUCUUGGAAACACAACCAAUCCUAAAUGGUGGAGCAGCCAUCAGCGUUCUUCUCAAGGGACUGGCACUACAGGACGAUUUGAACGCGGAGAAAAGAGCAGAAAUUGAAAGGAUUCUCGGUCGUCGCCAGGCAAAACAGAUAGUUGAAAGUAUUCUGAAAGAGAUCUUGGGAAAUAUCCGUUCCCCUGAGAGAUCAGUGAGUCCAGUCGAUGCAUAUAUUACGGAAGAGGAUAUAUUCGCACGUAGAAACCAAGAGAUAUCUUAUGACGAAGAAACAGUGCAAUCAUUAAAACUACUUUAUAAUGAGAUCGAGUCAGAAAAAGACUGGGAUCUAAAUCUUACAUCAUUACGUCAGUUGAUAACGUCAAAGGAGUUUGAUGAGAAAGAAACUUUGGAUGAAUAUCUAAGAAGACUAAAUGAUUACGUCAAGAAAUUAGCAUUUCCUUCACGUGUUCCUAUCAAAGAGGAAAUGUACUCCACGUGUUACUUCAUGUUAUGUGAAAUGAUUGAUGAUCUAGUGAUAAAAUCAGACAUGAUGAGGACUUCAAUGGGAUUACCUAUGAAAGAUAUGGUUGAAGAUACUACGGCGAACGACAAAAAAUCCAAAAAGAACGAUGUUGCUCGUUUAACUGCCGAGAAAAAAGAUGGCAGAAAAGACAAGAAAAGCGCUUAUGAUCGUCCAGUCUCGAGAGCACCAGGAGACAAGACAAAAUCUUCACGAGGAAGUCCUAACGUUCAAACAAGAUUGUUUGAUAAUGAAACGCCGGAACCAGGCGAUAGUCUCGUGGUUUCAACAACAACAGAAGAUACAAACAACGAUAAAAAAACAGUGAACUUAGUGCAUGAAGAAAAAUACAGAGAGAAAUAUUUCGUCCAGGCCAAAAGAUAGUGAUUGAAACGAUCAAUAAGAUCAACGAUAUGUUUGAUGACUUAGUGAGAAAUACUACAGCAUCGGAAGAAGACUUAAAAUGAACAUUUUUUAUUGAUUUAGCAAAAAUUUUGUACUCUUUCGGUUUCUGUUAGUAAAAAACGUUACUUUUUA